GCCGCCGCCUAGGGGCUGGGCCCCUGUCCCCCGCCCCUUCCCACGCUUCGGCCCGUCGCCCCCGGCGCGCGCGCGCGUACACACGCGAGCCCAGGCAGCAUGCAAAUGAGCCGGCUCCAGUACCCAGACUCAAGCUCCCCACUGCCCAAUGGACAACCCCAGCUCAGACCCGUUGCCUUCAACUUUGUCUGGGGAGGAAGAAAAACCUCUGGCUUUACUUCCUCCUGUUCCCCGGGGCCGCCGAGGCCGACCUCCAGGGGGAGCCUCCACCUCCAAUCGGACUCUCAAGUCCUCCCUCCCUCGAAAGCGGGGCCGUCCCCCCAGAUCAGUGCAGGAAACCCCGUUGACAGCACCAGUGGACAGCGGUGGCAGCAGCGAUCUUCUGUUGAUCGAUGAUCAGGGUGUUCCUUAUACAGUUCCCGAAGGGUCAGCAACAGAUGGGCCCCAGGGCUCUGGUUCCAAGAGGGCCCCGCACUUCUGUCCUGUGUGCCUGAGAGCUUUCCCCUACCUCUCUGACCUGGAGCGCCACAGCAUCUCGCACUCAGAAUUGAAGCCACAUGUGUGCAAAGAUUGCGGCAAGACCUUCAAACGGUCCAGCCACCUGCGGCGCCAUUGCAACAUCCAUGCUGGCCUUCGGCCCUUCCGUUGUGUGCUCUGCCCUCGCCGCUUCCGAGAGGCAGGGGAGCUCGCUCACCACCACCGCAUCCACUCUGGUGAGCGACCAUACCAAUGUCCCUCAUGCAGGGUGCGCUUCACCGAGGCCAAUACUCUCCGUCGCCAUUACAAACGAAAACACCCAGAGCUUGUGGGGAUGCCUGUGCGCCUGUGCCCCCCAAACCCAAGACCCCAACCGCUGUGGGACGACGACGAUGAGGGUGUCCCUGUUCAAGAAGGGAUACAGGAGGAGAGUCCUGAAGGAAAGGAGCCUGCUUGGCCCAUAUCCUCUACCACUUCUCCCCUGUCUGGGUUUACAGCAGGGGGUUCAGCUGGUGCCGGGCAUGGGCAGGAAGGGCAAGGCAACCUUGUUUCUGGUGGUAUUCCUGCCUUGGAAGGGGAUCAAAAGCAGGGACCUAAACCUCUGGGUCCAGAUGCCAUCUAGCACCCUCCUGUGGACUGACAAGCUCUGGGAGGCAUGGGCUGUGGAAAUAAAUCCCUGCCUACUGAC